AUUCCCUCUGCUCUCCAGCCAGGGUUUGGCAGCCAUGGCUUUUCCCCGCGUGCGGCUGGUUGUCACCGCUGAUGACUUUGGUUAUUGCCCGCGGCGCGAUGAGGGCAUCGUAGAGGCCUUCCUGGCAGGAACUGUGACCAGCGUGUCACUGCUGGUUAACGGCACAGCCGCAGAGAGUGCGGCCGAGCUGGCCCGCAGGCACAGCAUUCCCACGGGUCUUCACGCCAACCUGUCUGAGGGCCGUCCGGUGGGCCCGGCCCGCCACAACGCCUCGUCGCUCCUCAGCCCCGAAGGCUUCUUUCUCGGCAAGAUGGGAUUUCGGGAGGCUUUAGCGGCUGGAGACGUUGCUUUGCCCCAGGUGCGGGAGGAACUAGAAGCUCAACUCAGCCGCUUCCGGGAGUUGCUGGGCAGGUCCCCCACGCACGUGGACGGUCACCAGCACGUGCAUGUGCUUCCAGCAGGCGUGUGUCAGGUGUUCGCCGAGGCGCUGCAGGCGUACGGGGUCCGCUUCACACGGCUGCCGGCAGAACGUGGCGUGGGCAGCUGCGCGUGGCUCGAAGCGCCAGCGCGCGCCUUCGCCUGCACGGUGGAGCGCGAUGCCCGGGCCGCAAUUGGCCCCUUCUCUCGCCACGGCCUGCGGUGGACCGAUGCCUUUGUGGGCCUGAGCACUUGUGGCCGGCAUAUGUCAGCUCACCGAGUCUUGGGGUCACUGGCGCGGGCCCUGGAAGAUAUCCCUGCUGGCCACGCCCUGACUGCCGAGCUGAUGGCACAUCCCGGAUACCCCAGUGUGCCUCCAGCAGGGGGCUGCGGUGAGGGCCCAGAUGCGUUCUCUUGUUCUUGGGAGCGGCUGCAUGAGCUGCACGUUCUCACAGCACCCACUUUGCGGGCUUGGCUGGCCCAAAAUGGUGUGCAGCUCUGCGCCAUUGAUGACCUGGAUUCCAAAAGGCCUGGGGAAGGGGUCCCCUUGUGAGGCAACUCUGGAACCUUUCCUGGAGCCUUCCUCACUCAGACACCGAAGGCCAGCUACAAACUGCCUAAAACUAUGGAGGAAGGCCAAGGCUAAAGUUCCAGUUCAGUCAGGCCUUGGAGCAGGGUCUGACUUCCUAGAGUGAAAAGCCACUAAAUCCUGUUUCCAGGUCCUCUAGGCUGAGUAGUGAGUAGUAGGCCGACCUUGGGCAGCCUUACCUGGCUGCAGGGAGGCCCAGUCUGUGACAUCUGGACGUAAGGACAGCUGAGCGAUUAUUUGGUGCCAGUUCGUGUUGUAGUUACAACCACUUGUUUAAGAGCAAUGGGAAGAGGCUGGUGUGUUAAUAAAAUAAUGUCUUUCAGA